GGGGCGGGGCUGCCGGAAGUGGCCGCACGCCGGUACCGCCUUUUCCGGCGGUCCGGGGCUCGGGCGGCACCCGCGCCCGCGCACGCCGCGUUCCGGUAUCCGGGCCAACCGCCCCGCCCCUCGGCCGCCACCGCCUCCCCCGCCGGCGCCAUGGCCGCUGCGGUCGGGGACGGCGCGGUGAAACCGCUUCAAUGCGCCAUGAAGCUGGCCAACGGGGCCAUCGAGCUGGACACCGGCAACCGGCCCCGGGAGGCAUAUACAGAAUACCUGAGGAGCGUCCACUACAUCUCCCAGGUGCUGCUAGAAGAAGUGGAGACCUCCAAAGAAGCUGGGGAAACUGUGACCCCUGACACCUCGAAGAUGCUGAAGCUGGCUGAGCAGUGUCUGGAGAGGGCCCAGUCGACAGCUGCCAAACUUGGGAAAACAUGCCUGAGGCCAGCCAUGCCUGUGGCUGCUCCCGUCCCCUCUCCUACCAGCCGACAUCGCCGGGUAUACUCAGAUGAGGGAGGGAAGCUCUCUCCAUUUCUGCCGCCUGAGAUCUUCCAGAAGCUUCAGGUUGUAGAGUCACAAAGCUCUAAGAAGCAGGGUCAGGAAGGGACCUCAGGUGACCAGAGCGUCCCUGGGCUUCCUGGAGCCGGGACAGCAGCUUGUCACCAUUCCAGGGAGUUGACACCCCUGGAGGAGGCGUCCCUGCAGAAUCAGAAGCUGAAGGCUGCCUAUGAGGCCCGGAUGGCCCGUCUGGACCCCAGCCAGGCCAUGCAGAAGACAUCCCUGACCCUGUCCCUGCAGCGGCAGAUGAUGGAGAACCUGGUGAUCGCUAAAGCCCGGGAGAAGACACUGCAAAGAAAGAUGGAGGAGCGCCGGCUGCGGCUCCAGGAGGCCGCCAACAGGAGGUUCUGCAGCCAGGUUGCCCUGACCCCCGAGGACCGGGAGCAGCGAGCCCUCUACGCCGCCAUCCUCGAGUACGAGCAAGACCACGACUGGCCAAAGCGCUGGAAGGCCAAGCUCAAGAGGAGCCCAGGGGACCUGUCCCUGGUGACCAGCCUGGUUUCCCACCUGCUCAGCGUCCCCGACCACCCCAUCUCGCAGCUCCUGAAGAAGCUCCAGUGCGCGGUGUACCGGGCGCUGUACCCCAUCGUGAGCAGGGGCGCCGCCUCGGCCCUGGGCUGCCGUUCCCUGCCCCCCGACGCCGACGGGCUGCUGGCUCCUGGAAGCCGGCGGCUCCGGCCCUCUCAGAGCCUCUACUGCAUGCCCUCCCCCCCGGAGCCCAGCCCAGCCCCAAGGCCCACAGACGGCACCUCCGCCAGCGCCUCCAUCCCCCCACCCCACCCCGGCAACCCGGACAGAGAGGCAGACGGCAGCCCCGCGGGGCCUCCCUCACCCCUGGCGGACACUUCAUCCGACCUGCCGGGCAAGGACAGCUCCUUCGGGGACCUGGAACAGUUCUUGGCUACUCCUGAGAGGAGGGGCCGGGGCCCUGGGGGGCGGCCUGAGCCCCAGCCCCCAGGGGUAACGAAGGAGCCGUUGCUGGAGCAGCUGAAGGGCACCGUGCAGGACAUACACGACGCCAUCGACAGGCUGCUCUCGCUGACCCUCCUGGCUUUUGAAGGCCUGAACACGGCCGCCUCCAAAGACCGCUGCCUGGCCUGCAUCGAGGAGCCCUUCUUCUCCCCGCUGUGGCCCCUGCUGCUGGCCGUGUACAGGAGCGUUCACCGCCUGCGGGAGGCCGCCCUGAGCAGGAGCAUGGAGCUGUACGGGAACGCGCCCCCGGCGGCCGUCGGCGUCCCCACCAAGCUCCUCCCCCGGGACCCCGAGGCCACGGCAGCCGGCGCCUACCCCUACUGUGCCGCCGCCCAGGAGCUAGGGCUGCUGGUCCUGGAGAGCUGCCCCCAGAAGAAGCUGGAGUGCAUUGCGGCAGGCCCUUCUCCUGUCCGGUGGGGGUGUGUCCCGUGGGACAUGAGUGGUGAUCGUCCAGGCUCUGCCCAGCCCUGCACGCGAUGGGGGUGGGGCAGUGCCCGGGGCCGUACCGGGACGCGAUCCCCACCCCCUCACCCGAAGCCUGGCUUCUGCGACGCAGUGCGGGCCCUGCGGGUCAUCUGUGCCUGCGCGGAGGACUACCACCGGGCUCGCGAGGCUGCGCCCCAGCCGGGCAUCGCCGCCAUUGGCGCCGACGACCUGCUGCCCAUCCUGUCCUUUGUGGCGCUGAGGAGUGGCCUCCCCCAGCUGGUGUCGGAGUGUGCAGCCCUGGAGGAGUUCAUCCACGAGAGGUACCUGAUCGGAGAGGAGGGCUACUGCCUGACGUCACUGCAGAGCGCCCUGAGCUACGUGGAGCUGCUGCCCCGGCGGGCCCUGGUGUCCCAAGGCUGUGCGGGAACCUCGUGAGGAAAGUGAGGCACGGAAGGGGAAACGCCUUCUCCAGGCCACACCUCCCGGUGGCAGAGCUCGCUUCGAGCCCAGCAGGUUGACUCCGGAGGCCAGAGGGGGCCGGG